ACGGUUCCCAAACCCUAGAGUAGAGAAGACAGCCUUGACGCUCUUCGUUCGGCUACCGAGUCCAAGGUUCUUUCUCGGUUUUCUUUGUGCGACGAUGGCGACGGCAAGAACUGUGAAAGACGUCUCACCCCACGAGUUCGUGAAGGCCUACUCUGCUCACCUGAAGCGAUCUGGGAAGGUUGAGCUUCCCUCAUGGACCGAUAUUGUCAAGACCGCUCAGUUCAAGGAGCUUGCUCCUUAUGACCCUGACUGGUAUUAUGUCAGAGCUGCCUCCAUGGCUAGGAAGAUCUACUUGCGAGGAGGUCUUGGUGUUGGUGCCUUCCGCAGGAUUUAUGGAGGCAGUAAGAGGAACGGAAGUCGUCCUCCCCAUUUCUGCAAAAGCAGUGGAGCUAUAGCUCGUCAUAUCCUUCAACAGUUGGAGCAAAUGAGUAUUGUUGAAAUUGAGCCCAAGGGCGGAAGGAGAAUCACAUCCAGUGGAAGAAGGGAUCUUGACCAGGUUGCUGGACGCAUUGCUGUUGCCGCUUGAAUUCAUCAUCUUACUAUUUCGGUAUUAGUAGGUUUUUUAGUCCAUCAAAGGUAACUGUACGAACAGAAAUUAUGUGAGGAGUUUUGGUCCAUAAUGUUGGGUUACUUUUAAAAUGAAGUACUUCUGGUUUUGUGCUUUUAGCAGUUGACAGUAUUUGCUCCAAUCUUAUCAGUGUUUUGAUAUCUUAAAUUAGUUGAUUUUAUCCGAUAAUUA